AUGGAGUGUUUGUUGUAUGAAACAGAGCGAAAGAAAAGGACUGAUUGCGACUCUCGACACGGAUGUUUGCUUCGCUGCACGGUGGACAGACGUUCUCUCUAUUCAUACGAUCCUAUUCGACAAAUCUGGCAAAAUCACUGCUUGUCUGUAAAAGGGUUGAUUUGCAUUUCGAUUUUAGUUUGCGGACCGAGUGGAGUCGGAAAGACAACCUUGAUAAAGAAACUCAUGCAAAACUACCCAGAUCGCUUCGGGUUUUGCGUUAGUCACACAACGCGUCCCAAACGCAAAGGAGAACGAAAUGGAAUCGAUUACCACUUCACGACGCCAGAAAUCAUCCAGAAAGAAAUUCAACAAGGAAAUUUUAUCGAACACGCCGUGGUUCACGGAAAUAUCUAUGGAACCUCGUUUUUGAGUGUAGAAGACGUUAUCCGCAAUAACCGCAUUUGCAUAUUGGACAUUGAUGUCCAAGGAGUUCAAAAUAUACUGAAAAGGGUAGCAGAUGCAACCACCAUUCUCAUUCUUCCUCCAAGCAUCGAGGAAUUAUCAAGCAGACUCCACAAGCGCAAUACAGAAAAUGAAGAAACCAUUCAGCUCCGAUUGAAAAAUAGUGUUACAGAGAUGGAAAAAGCCUCUCAUAUCCCGUUUACAAAGGUCAUUGUAAACAAAGACAUCAACGAAUCGUACCAAGAACUGGAGCAGUCCAUUUCUCACUUUUUGGAUUCGUUUGUUUACUGUAUCAAAUUCAAAACAAAAAUGUAUAUAUAUAUAUAUAUAUAUAUAUAUAUAUAA